UCUUAAAUUUUAUUUUAAAAGACAGAAAAUGGUUCGAUGGCUACCUCUAGAAUCAAAUCCAGAUGUAAGGUUAAACCUUGUACUUUUAUUCGAUUUCAAGUCAUUUUUGUUGCAGCACAUUGUGAGUUGUCUUUUUUGUUCUCUUUAUUCCUCUUGAACUGUCCCUGCGAUCCUGCUAAGGUCAUGAACAAGGUAAGCCUGUGUUUAAGGAACUAUUUUUGCAGCUGUUAUGAUUCAUCCGUUUGGGAAUCAAGUUGUGUUGAAAUGAUAAGAUCUUGACUGCUUAUCAUUAAUAAACUCGAAUCCUCUAGCUUUAAUUUUGAACUACUGUAGCCUUGGGUGUUGUUAUUCUACGAAAAUCACUAAAAUUUCAGUUUCCAAGAAAAAUUCUUGCUCUACUUUGUAGAAUGUAACUAGAUUUACUUUUCUGAUCUUUUAAAAUGAUUGGCCAGGUUAAAAUUAAAAUUUUGAAUGUAUUUUUGUUGGCAUGUAGCCUCUUACGGUGUGAAUGAUACUCAGCUAGCACAGAAUGUCAACUACAAGCGAAACAGGAAGUGCCUGCCUCUAGUCAUUGGUCACUAUUCUAAUACCAAUAUUCACAUUAUUAUGUUUGAGGCAAAAUUUUCGGGGGUACCUCUGAUAAAAUCAGACAUUUCCGCAAAUAUUUCAGUGAUAAUUGUGCUGGAUUUGAUUUAAUCCAGUCACUUGUUCUCAGAUGUUUAAAGACAUUAAGGGUUUCUCACUGGGACCACAUAAUUUUGUGCCGGUCAACUGAUGUCAUCACCUGUUAUCUAGAACCUUCUGCUUUUUUAUUUCAUUUUCCAUCACAGUUUGUCAACAAUCUUGGUCUGAAGCCAAGUUGGAGUUUUGUUGAUGUCUUUGGCCUGGACCCUGAAUUACUGGCAAUAAUACCACAGCCAGCUUGUGCGCUUUUGCUUCUCUUUCCAACAAGUGACAAGGUACUGUUUCACUUUUCAGUUUAACAAAACAACAACAAUUUUGCAUGGUUCGUUCUAUUAUCAUCUAUAGAAAUGUCUGUCCAAAUGUGCAAAACACAAGUGAAACCACAAGGCAAAUGGUUUCACUGAGUAGUUUUUAAUCAUUAGCAUCAUUUCUAUGGUUGAUAAGAUCACAGACCACGGAAAAAUGUUGUUGAUUUAUUUGUUUGUUUUUGCGUGUACGAAAGAGGAAACCAAUUUGCAUCACCACCACUUCCUUUCCAUUGCCUGUACUCUCACUGAACAUAGCUCACAAUCUUAUGCCAUGGACUAGUUAGGAAAAAUCUGUUGCCACCACUGGUCCUCUUUCCAUGAUAAGUGUAGUUAACUUGUCAAGUUUAAUAAAUGAUAUGUCCUAGGCAGAUAACGAAGAUAUAGGUCCACAAAGUUGGGACAAUUUACAGACAAAAAUAGGUUGAGUUUGAUCAUCCGCGUGAACGUAGUCCUGAAUAGGACUGUUGUCGUUGACAGUGACUGAAGUUUCGACAACCUGUGCGGUAGUCAUCUUCAGAGUCAAAGUGAGUUGUAUCACAUCAUUUGAUGAUAUUAUAUUCUGGUUAUUGAUCUGAUUGGUCAAUUACGUUGCGAUGUUAUUGGUCGUCUGUCAGUUAAGCCGUGAUGUUAUUGGCUAUGAAGACUUGUAAUCAGUAAUAUUGGUGCGUUUCAAUCCGUCUAUUGUCACAGUUAAACAGUCGUCUAUGGUUAGUCAAAUUGUCAGUUCUCCAGUCGUUCUCUCGUAGUUAGUUUUGCUUGAUCACGUCAAUAAGUCGUUUGUACAAUUUACAGACAUUUGUAUAGUGGGGGGCAAGUUUGUGCUCCCUACCAUACAAAUGUCUGUAAAAUUGUGCAACUUUGAGGUCAGCUAUACCUUUGUUAGUUUUCAACAAAUCACCUUCAGACUUGGCAAUUUUAGUCAUUUUAAGGUGUUCUUUCUCGUGGUGGCAAUGGAUUCCAUGUCAAAAGUUUGAAAACACCAUAGAAAGGUCUAUUACAGAGCCCCUGGAAAAUGUCCCUUUAAUAGCCCCCUACCCUUUGAGGGGUGACUGCUGACCAGCAUCAGUUCAAGUGUGGCCUUGCCUUCAUUACAUUAAGCCACAUUUUAAGAAAGAUAAUGAUUGCCGUAUUGUUUUCUUUGUUGUGUUGAGUGAAGAGUAGCUAUGGGGUCAAUCAAAAACACUCCCUUAUAAUAUUUUUAAAAAGUGUUUUUACUUGUUAUUUGUUUUAUUAAUAUUUUUGGUUUGCAGUAUCAGGAAUUCAAGAAAGAACAAGAAGACAAAGUUUUGAAGAAUGGACAGGUAGUAUUUUAAUAAUAAAAUUACUUUUAGAGUGGUUGUGAUAUUGUUAUCCAUUUCUAUGACAACAGUAACUAUCUUCAUAGAGCCUUUUAAACCUUUAAAGGGUUGGCAUAAUUUGUCUACAGAAGUUAUGCAAGGAGUUAUAAAGAAAAGUUGAGCAAAAUUAAUUAGUAUUAUUAUUUAUUCAAAAUAUUUCCCCGAUUCUGAUUGGCUAAAAGCACACAUUGAAUUCACCAUAACCAGUUACUGAUGACCAAAUUUGGAAGAAUUUUGUUUUUAAUGAGAAAAUGACGUCAAAAAUGUAGCGUUCGUGCAGGUUAAGGCACCGUUAACCGAGAAGACCUGGGGACUAGGUUGAGUUGUUUUGGUUGUGGAAACAAAAUGGCAGUCAUUUCACUCGUUUCAAGAGUAAGAACUAGGUGCAAAAAUUGCUAAAAACAUGGCAAGAACAGCAAGAAGACUACUCAAAGGGCGACAUCUGCUAUUUGGAGAAUAUUUGCAGAGCUGGACAAACUGAAAUGUGCACUAUCGAAAAUGAACUUAACAUUGAUGGAUCAAUGGAGGUAAGCAUGUUUUAGCCAUGUUUUUAAACUAGGAAUUAUUUUGAAUGAAUAAUAAAACAGUUUUAAUAUUGAAUUCGGCUUUCGUAUCAUAUGAAGAAUUAUGGAGAUCGAGGAGGGUGUUAUCCAUUGAGGCCGUAGGCCAAGGCGGAUAACACUCUCCGAGAUCUCCAAAAUUUUUCAUAAGAUACUCAGCCUCAUUCAAUAAUUGUUAAUUAGUGUCCCAUACUGAUGUGCAAGAGGGAAACGUGUUGAGUUAUGCAGAAAAAUCAUUCAAUCAUUAUUCAAGUGUUUUUAAAAAAGUGUGGCCAUGACAUUGAUCAUUGUUGCCUUUAGGAAGUGAGUCCCAAUGUAUACUUUAUGAAGCAGACUAUAGGAAAUGCUUGUGGAACAGUAGCCAUUAUACACUCCAUUGCUAACAACACAGAUGUACUACAGCUUGGUAAGGAUCAAUUUAUACCCCAUGGAGAGGUACAUUCAUUAGGCCCUCUGACAUAAUUAAUGUGAUGGUGCAAUUUUGCUCAGUCGACUUCAGGUGGCACCCAGUUGCAUAAUCAACAACAAAAUAUCAUUAUAAAUUUAAAGAUAAAAUGCAUAAAAAAGUAGACCAAAUUUUACUGUUGACUUUUCUGUGUUACAACAAAGGAAAAAGGAGGUGUUUGUACACAAGCUAAUUUGAAGGCUGUAAAAAAGGUGGAGAUGCUCUGGUUUUGUGAUUUAUUCAUAUAUUAAAGACAGUCCAUUUACAGUAGUUAAAAGAGAUGCAAAGUUCUAUCUACAUAUGUGAAGGGGAUACCAUUUGUCAAUCAAAGAUAUACAAGAGGGGUACCUUUUCUGUCCAAAAUGGUUUUAAUAAUAAAGGGGUAAGGGCACCCUUGUCCCCAGGGCACUUUUCCCUGGCUUUGGAGGUUGGGUUAAGGGGUUAAGCCUUGGGACAGAGCCUCCCUGUAUGAAACUUUAUUUAGUAUCAUGUAGUGGCGCAUCCAGACCUUCAGAUAAGCGGGGGUGGAGGUCAUCCAGACCCUGAGAUAAGGGUGGGGGGGGGACAGUCUCAAAAAAAUUUUAGGCACUUUGGGCCUCAGUUUGGUCUAAAAAUAAGGGAGUCGGGCCCCCAGGCCCCUCCCUUGGAUCCACCACUUUUGUGCCCCACUUCUGGGAUCUUACCCUAUGUGAUGUUGAGUGUAAUGAUUUCUUUUAUCCUACAUAAUCUAAUAGAGGAAGGCUUUCUCAAGGGCUUUAUAGAAUCUACCAAAUCAUUGUCACCUGAAGAAAAAGGAGCAAAGCUGGAGAGUGACGAGGUUGAAACAAAAUUUUAUGCUUUGUCUUUUUAACUAUAAUUUUUUUUAUAUAAAAAUGGAAAGUGCACUUAGCUUAUCCAGCUAGUUUAGAGGCACUCCACUCAAAUACUUAGAAACAAAUAAUUCAAAUAAUAUUAUAACAUAACAGGAUUAAACACCCCAACUGGCAAGAGGCAACCAGUUGGCUAUUUACAAGCAUGGCCGAGGAUCUGAACUCAGGACGACUGAGAACAAAUCCAGCAAGUGGCCAGUGCGGGACUUGAACCUGAGACCGCUGGAUUGUGAGUCCAAUGCACUGAUCACUCGGCCAAGCUGCCUCCUUGCGUCCUUGUGAUAAAAGAUGAAAGGCGCUCUUUUGAGGCGCUUCAACGGAUUUUUGCCAACUGAGUCCUGCAGGGUCUAUCAUUUUAUCACUUAAUUAUUACUCAAUUUCAACCUUUUCUUUUCUCCUAGAACAUAAGUGAGGCACACGAAGCCUGUGCACAAGAAGGACAAACAGAGGUAAAACUUUCAACUAUAAUACGUAGGAUCAAAUUGAUACUGAAAUCCCAAAUGAUCAUAAAGAGAAUCCAAUCCGAGCAGAACUGUUGCUACAAAGGUACCUCCUCAAACAGCCCCUUUAGGGGUCCAACCGGUGGGGCGAGGGGGGGCGGGGGGUACGCAGGGGCGUAGCUACACUUUUUUUAGGGUACACAUCUUUAACGGGCAUUGAUCCUUUAGAAAUUUUGAAAACACAAUACUGGGAAAUGCUCAUGUGCAGCCCUACCAUUCGAGUACAAUGCCCAUUCCUUUCGCACAGUGGUUGAUAACGCUUUUCUUGUUUAACUCGCGUACUGGUUGCUAGUGUAUGCAACGGCCACAAAACUUUCCCCAACCACCAGCCCAUAUAUUUAUAGAGAUUGAAACCUUAACGUUAUGUGAUGGGACCCUUUGGACCACAAUGGCAAUGACCAGAGGUACUUACUAUUUACAUGGGAAAACCGGUAAUUCCGGUAGGAAGUUCUGUGUCGGACACUAAGGACAACAUGGGCUGUGAUUUGAGACAAUGUAAUUUUUCUACUCUUUUUAGCCUGAUCAGCUGAUUUGGAUAUACUUUGCAGCGUGUCGUUCUCCCACCACGUCAAUUUUUAUAGUUUUAUGUUUAAAUACACAACAUUUCCACCCAGGUAGAUUGUGUAAAUGGUAAGCACCAUAGUAGCCAUCGUGCUUGCCUACCGUCCAAUUUCCCCCAACCGUGCUACAUAAGAUUAACACUUCGUUCAACGUUUUUCUCGGCUGUUGUGUUGAACUCGGUGCAACUCUGGCUGAAUAAAACACAUUACAAUGCUCUCAGAGAAAAUUUCAGUGUGUAAGUCAGACUAAUAGGGACCUCGGAAACUUUUUUUCGCAAACGCAGCGAUACAAAAAUCAGUGGGUGUCUUUCGGCCCUUGUCUAACUAAGCUAACCGGUGCAGUCAACAGUAGUUAUUGGGCAUAGCAAUAUGACCUUGCUUGUAACAUAAAACUAUAAGAAAAGGUUAUAGCUCUGUAUUCAUUCGGGAAUGUCUUUUUUUCAGACGCCGUCUGCUGAGGACCAUGUGGAUCUCCAUUUUGUUGCCAUCGUUCACAAAGAUGGAAGCUUGUAUGAACUAGGUAAGCGCUCUUGAACCUUUUAAGCGUAACCCAGUGUAUCCUACAAAGUGAGCUUAUAAUCCAUGUCACCCCUAGGCUUAUCAUUGAGUUUAUAAGAGGUUGGAGCCGGAUGAAGAAAGGGAAAGGUAUUUGGGAAAGGGCCUUAAUAAACGAGACUCAGUGGCGUUUCGAAAUGAGCGCGUUAAAGAUAAAUUAUGUAUAGCCAUGGAUCCGAGUUUUUUCUCCAUUUAGUAAUUUCUUAAGUUUAGUCGCCAAACAUCAAAAAAUUGUGUUAAUGCCGGUAUGUGAUGUUCCAGAAAUACAGUAGAAUUCUUUAUGUCUUAAGAAUUAUUGUUCGGCCCUCUCCUUGCGUCAUACUUUCAAAAACUUACUUUUACAUACUUUUUAAAGGCUUUUAUCUUACUGGUACACAAGGAGGAAUGGAGGGAGGUUAUGUCUUUAUUAUCGCUGCUCCGUAACCGGAUAGAGUUUUUAGUGCUCUCUGCGUUAUUUUGAAGUGAUAUCUCGGGUUCAUUUCAGCUUAGGGAGGCUGCUAUGAUUCUGGUUUCUUAUGAACCGUACUUCCUCGGUCCUAUAUGCCCUCAAAAACCUUUUAUUUAACAACCCAUUCCACAGAUCUUCAGUGUUCUUUUCGAGACUUUUUUUAAAAGAUCAUCAUAGAUUUAUAAUUAGGAAAUUUAAAUUAACGUAAAAGCAAAGACUUUAAAUGAAUGUUCUCUUUUAGAUGGAACAAAAGCAUUUCCAAUAAAUCAUGGAAAAACUACAAAAGAUACAUUCUUGCAGGCAAGUAUCAACUCAAAAUAACUUUGUCGUGUUUGUUUUAGAUGGGAGAAAAUCAUUUCCUAUCAAUCAUGGAAAAACUUCGAAAGAUACAUUUUUGAAGGCAAGUGGUUUUAGUGGUAGAAACAACUCAGUGUUUUCAGUAACGACAAUGAAUAGGCGAGAAUACCAAGUCUUUACUCCUGGUAUUUGUGGAAAGAAGGCAAUUUUUAUCUUUUGA